AUGAGCGGACGGCAAAGAACGCUUUUCCAGACGUGGGGCUCAAGUGUCUCUCGAUCUGCUGGGGCACGGGGUUGCGGCUCUGGAACUGAGCGGCCGCAGACCCCUGGCAGCUCCAAAGCGGGUUUGCCUGCGGCGGCGGAGGCUCAGGCGGAGUCGGACGAUGAUGUGUUGCUGGUCGCGGUGUACGAGGCUGAACGGCAACUGGGACUCGAGAAUGGCGGGUUCUGCACCUCAGCGGGCGCCCUGUGGAUUUACCCGACCAAUUGCCCGGUGCGGGACUACCAACUGCACAUCUCCCGGACCGCUUUGUUCUGCAACACGCUGGUGUGUCUGCCAACCGGGCUGGGAAAGACCUUUAUUGCCGCCGUGGUCAUGUACAAUUUCUACCGCUGGUUCCCUUCCGGCAAGGUGGUCUUCAUGGCCCCCACAAAACCCUUGGUGACACAGCAGAUCGAGGCUUGCUACCAGGUGAUGGGUAUCCCGCAGUCCCACAUGGCCGAAAUGACAGGGUCUACUCAAGUUUUCACCAGGAAGGAAAUAUGGUGCAGGAAGAGAGUUCUUUUUCUUACACCUCAGGUCAUGGUAAAUGACCUAUCUAGAGGAGCUUGUCCCGCUGCUGAAAUAAAGUGUCUAGUUAUUGAUGAAGCUCAUAAAGCUCUUGGAAACUAUGCUUAUUGCCAGGUUGUAAGGGAACUAGUCAAAUAUACAAAUCACUUUAGAAUCUUGGCUCUUAGUGCCACGCCAGGUAGUGAUAUAAAGGCUGUGCAACAGGUAAUUACUAACCUACUAAUUGGGCAGAUAGAGCUUCGUUCUGAAGAUUCUCUGGAUAUUUUGCCAUACUCUCAUGAAAGACGAGUUGAAAAGCUUGUUGUUCCCCUUGGUGAAGAACUCACAGCCAUCCAAAAGACAUAUAUCCAGAUUUUGGAAGCAUUUUCCAGUUCUUUGAUUCAAAGGAAUGUUUUAAUUAAAAGGGAUAUCCCCAAUCUAACAAAGUACCAGCUAAUUCUCGCAAGAGAUCAGUUUAGGAAAAACCCAUCUCCAAAUAUUGUGGGAAUACACCAAGGCAUAAUCGAAGGAGAGUUUGCUAUUUGUAUUAGUUUAUAUCAUGGUUAUGAAUUAUUGCAGCAAAUGGGAAUGAGAUCAUUAUAUUUCUUCCUUUGUGGAAUUAUGAAUGGAACUAAAGGAAUGACACGGGCAAAACAUGAACUUAGCCGAAAUGAGGACUUCAUGAAACUCUAUAAUCAUCUAGAAUGCAUGUUUGCACAGUCACGUAGUACUUCAGCAGGUGGUAUUCCUGCUAUCCAAAAAGGAGAUAAACAUAAAAAAUUCUUUUAUAGUCAUCCAAAGUUAAAGAAAUUAGAAGAAGUGGUAGUUGAACAUUUCAAGUCAUGGAAUGCUCAAAACACCUCUAAAAAGAAAUAUGAUGAGACCAGAGUUAUGAUCUUCUCUUCAUUUCGAGAUAGUGUUCAAGAAAUUGCAGAAAUGCUUUUACAGCAUCAGCCAAUUAUUAGAGCAAUGACUUUCGUUGGCCAUGCCUCAGGGAAGAGCAUAAAAGGUUUUACUCAGAAGGAACAACUGGAGGUAGUGAAACAGUUUCGUGAUGGUGGUUACAACACAUUGGUUUCUACCUGUGUUGGUGAAGAAGGUUUGGAUAUAGGAGAAGUUGAUCUUAUAAUAUGUUUUGAUGCCCAGAAGAGCCCAGUCCGUCUUGUACAACGAAUGGGUAGAACUGGCCGCAGACGUCAAGGCAGGAUUGUUGUUAUCCUUGCUGAAGGAAGAGAAGAACGUACUUAUAAUCAGAGUCAGUUCAACAAAAGAAACAUUUAUAGAGCUAUUUCAGGUAACAGACAGGUUCUUCAUUUUUACCAAGGAAGUCCACGAAUGGUUCCUGAUGGAAUCAAUCCAGAAUUACACAAAAUGUUCAUCACACAUGGUGUCUAUGAACCGGAGAAGCCUUCUUGGAUCUUGCAGCGAAAGUCAUCUAUCUUUUCCUGUAGGGAUGGUAAAUAA